GUGUGGCCUUCAUUAUUAUUAUUUAUGAAUUAUUUGUGUGGAGUCAUUGGUCGGUCUUCGCUGGUGGCUUACUAUUUUCUCAUCAAGUCAAUCAAAAUUAUUGGUGUUCCCUCUUUCUCUUGUUCAUUCACCAAAGCAGUGAGUUUGAUUUUGGUUUCUUUCUGAAAGUUUGAGCUAAGAUGGGAGGCUGUCUAUCAGUAUUACCAUGGGGUCAAGCGGUAACUCAAGCCUGCAACAGCUUAUUUGGGGAUGGAAACUACAUUCACAUGAUGAAGGCAAAUCUUGAGGCUCUGGAGGCAUCUAUGCAAACACUUAGAGACAGGCGAGAUGAUCUGUUAACCAGAGUUUCCAUAGAAGAAGAUAAAGGUUUGCAGCGGCUUGCUGAAGUAAAAAGAUGGUUGGCAAGGGUAGAAAGUAUUGACUCUCAGGUCAGUGAUCUGCUUACGACUAAACCAGCUGAAAUCAAUAGAUUGUGUCUUUUUGGAUAUUUUUCCGAAAAUUGUAUAUCAAGCUAUGAGUAUGGUAAAGAGGUAUCGAAGAAGUUGGAAAAAGUUAAAGAGCUUCUAUCUAGAGAAGCUUUUGGAGAGGUGGCCAUAAAAGGACGUUUACCAAAGGUGGAGCAGCAACCUAUCCAAAAAACAGUAGGUUUGGAUUCGAUGGUUGGAAAGGCAUGGGACAGCAUCAUGAAGCCUGAAGGAAGAACGUUAGGUAUUUAUGGCAUGGGGGGAGUUGGGAAAACAACCCUCUUAACUAGAAUCAACAACAAAUUCAAGGAUGAAUUUGAUGUUGUGAUAUGGGUUGUGGUCUCUAAAGAUUUGCAAUACGACGGCAUUCAGGAUCAGAUUCUACGAAGAUUAUGUGUUGACAAGGAUUGGGAAAAGGAAACAGAGAAGGAGAAAGCAUCUUUCAUAGAGAAUAUCCUAGGACGAAAGAAAUUUGUUCUGCUAUUAGAUGAUCUGUGGAGCGAGGUAGAUUUGGACAAGAUUGGAGUUCCAAGUCCAACUCAAGAAAAUGGAUCAAAGAUAGUUUUCACCACUCGUUCAAAGGAAGUUUGCAGAGACAUGAGAGCUGAUGAUGAGCUGAAAAUGGAUUGUUUGACAAGGAAUGAAGCAUGGGAACUGUUUCAAAAUGCAGUUGGAGAAGUCCGACUAAAGGGGCAUCCGGAUAUUCCCACACUUGCAAAACAAAUUUGUGAAAAGUGUUAUGGAUUGCCACUUGCACUCAAUGUGAUUGGCAAAGCCAUGUCAUGUAAAGAGGAUGUACACGAAUGGCGUGAUGCAAUUGAUGUUCUCAAAACGUCUAGCGACAAGUUUCCAGGUAUGGAAAAAAAGAUUCUUUCGAUUUUGAAGUUCAGCUAUGAUGGUUUAGAGGAUGAAAAGGUGAAAUCAUGCUUCCUAUACUGUUCUUUGUUCCCGGAAGAUUAUGAAAUAACUAAAGAGGAGUUGAUAGAGUAUUGGAUCAGCGAAGGAUUUAUAAAGGGAGAGAGAAAUGAAGAUGGAAGUAACAACAAAGGUCAUGUUAUUAUUGGUUCGUUAGUUCGUGCACAUCUACUGAUGGAGUGCGAAAAAGAAUCCACUAUUUUCGAAUCUGGAUUCACACGUGCGGUGAAAAUGCAUGAUGUGUUACGUGAAAUGGCUCUUUGGAUAGGAAAAGAGGAAGAAAAACAGUGCGUCAAGUCCGGUGUGAAGCUAAGCUUUAUACCAGAUGACAUCAACUGGUCAGUUUCGAGAAGGAUCUCCUUGAGGAGUAAUCAAAUUAAAAAGAUAUCUUGCAGUCCCAAAUGCCCCAACCUUUCGACUCUGUUUCUCGGGGAUAACAUGUUGAAGGUUAUACCGGGUGAAUUCUUUCAGUUUAUGCCGUCCCUUGUCGUCUUGGAUCUUUCGCGUAACCUAAUUCUUUUGGAAUUGCCGGAAGAAAUUUGCAGCUUGAUUUCCUUGCAAUACCUCAAUUUAUCACGCACACGUAUAAGUUCGUUACCAGUUGUUUUGAAGGGGUUGAGUAAACUAAUAAGCCUGGACCUGGAGUACUGUCCCGGCCUUAAAAGCAUUGAUGGGAUAGGAACAAGCUUACCAACUCUUCAGGUGUUGAAACUAUUUGGUUCUCAUGUUGAUAUUGAUGCAAGAUCAAUUGAAGAGCUACAAAUUUUAGAGCACUUGAAGAUUUUCACAGGAAACGUGAAAGAUGCUUUAAUCUUGGAAAGUAUCCAAAGAAUGGAGCGAUUGGCGAGUUGUGUUCAAUGCCUUUUGAUUUACAAAAUGUCCGCAGAGGUUGUAACAUUGAACACGGUAGCUAUGGGUGGUCUUCGAGAACUUUAUAUUAAUUAUUCCAAAAUCUCAGAGAUAAAGAUAGAUUGGAAAAGCAAAGAGAAAGAAGAUCUUCCUUCUCCAUGCUUCAAGCACCUCUCCAGUAUUGCUAUAUUAGCAUUGAAAGGUUCAAAAGAAUUGAGCUGGUUAUUGUUUGCUCCAAAUCUCAAGCAUCUACAUGUGGAAGAUUCAGAAAGCAUAGAAGAAAUAAUAAAUAAGGAGAAGGGAAUGAGUAUUAGCAAUGUGCAUCCUCCUGAUAUGAUGGUUCCCUUUCAGAAGCUACAAUUACUCAGUUUAAAGGAGUUGGGUAAAUUAAAGAGAAUAUGCUCAAGUCCUCCUCCUGCUCUUCCAUCCCUGAAAAAGUUUGAUGUCGAACUCUGCCCAAUGCUACCUAAAGCUGCCAUUAGAGAGUUUCAGAGACACGAACAGGAGUAAUGAAGUUAAUGAAUGAGGCUCCGAAUCCCCUGUUGCAUAUGUGUCAUUGUUGUAUUUCUCAAAGCUGGAAACUUUUUUCAUUGUUUGCAUUUCCCCUUCUCUCCAGUUUGUAAUCAUUUGAUACAUUUUCCUCAAAGCUUUUCAUUUGUGUGUGUUUUGUUUCAUGGAA